UGAAGUAAAGCAAGCAAACAGUCUGCGUUUGCGCAGCUGCAGAACUUUCAUCGCGCUUCUUACGUAUCAUUGAAAUCGCACGAGACUGAUGAAGUUUGUUACAUUCACAGUCUACGAUGAGUCGCGUCACGGCAGAAGUUUCUGAAGUUCAGUUUGGGUCCAUUAAGCCCUCUGCUGUGAUUUUGGGUUUCUGGCUCCAGUGUCUCGGAAUGAAUUUGGUACGCGCUCUGCUGUGAAUUUGUGUUUGGGUCUCCAGGAUGAGUUUGGGUCCAGUGAGCCCGCUGUUGUGGUUCCGGGUGUGUGAUGAGGGGGAUCUGGAGAGCGCGCGGCGGGUUCUUGAGGAUCCGGGCGGAUUCGGUCACGUAGACGGAACGGACGAGGAGGGAAACACGGCGCUAAUGUUCGCGUCAGCCGGAGGGCACGAGCAGCUGGUUCGGUUCUUACUGAGGAAAGGCGCCUCAGUGGACAGACGGAACCAUUACGGCUGGACUCCACUAAUGCAGGCGGCCAGGUUCGGACAUCUAAACGUGGCUCAUAUCUUGCUGGAGAACGGCGCGGAGAUCAAUGGGAGGAACCGGAUGGGUGCCAGCGUGCUCACCAUGGCUGCUCGUGGAGGUCACGCUCACAUGGCCAAACUGCUCUUGGAGAACGGUGCUUUCGUAGACGACUUUGACCACCUGUCUGCGGCUGAAGGCAGCACCGCCGGGAAUAACAACAUACGCAGUGACAACGGGAAGACGUUUUUGGAGAUAACGUCACUACUGGCCGCCGCUCAGCACGGAUAUGAAGCCGUGGUCCGACUGCUGCUGGAGUGGGGUGCUGAUGUCAACUUCACCCAGAAGACCACGGGCUGGAGCGCGCUGAUGCUGGCGGCGGCCGGCGGGAGGGUUCACGUGGCCCAGCAGCUGGUGGAGAGAGGAGCGGAUGCCGAUCAUCUUAACGUCCUGGGGAAGACGGCGUUCGAGGUGGCGCUUCAACUCCAACAUAAAGAGGUGAAGAACUAUCUGGACUCCAUCACAACCGUAAGGCCACAGCCAGAUGAUGAGAAGAAACGACCAGAUGUCUUUAACGCACUGAAGUUAGGAAACGCUCAGCUGGUCAAGGAGAUCGUAGAAGAGGACUCGUCUCAGGUAAACGUGUUGAACGCUGAUGGCGCGUCUCCUCUGAUGAUGGCUGCAGUUAGCGGGCAGUUGGAGGUCGUGCAGCUCUUGGUGGAGAAACACGCUGACAUAGACAAACAGGACUCUGUUCACGGCUGGACGGCGCUCAUGCAGGCCACCUAUCACGGAAAUAAAGACGUGGUGAAGUUUCUUCUGAAUCAGGGUGCUGAUGUGAAUCUGAGGGCUAAAAAUGGUUACACGGCCUUUGACCUUGUCAUGCUCCUAAAUGACCCAGACACUGAGCUGGUGCGGCUGUUGGCGUCUGUAUGUAUGCAGGUGGAUAAAGACAAGAGCAAACACAGAGGAAUAGCAACUUUAAAGAGACGUCCGUCUGGAAAUGUGCCUCUUCCACCUGAUGAAAAAGGAGGCUUGAAGUCGUGGUGGAGCCGGAUGUCGAAUCGUUUCCGCAGGCUAAAACUAACUCAAACCCUGAGACACGGACUUUCCACCAAUCGGCUCGCUCCUUUUCCAGAUGAUCCCGAGGUCCCUCUUGAUGCCACUAUGAAAGCGGAGCGCAGCGGUAGUGCUGAACCCAAUGGAGCUCCGGCCACUGACAUCAUCACUGCGUGGACAUCCAAGAGUAAAGACUGUGGUGGUCUGAGCAGAACAGAAGGUGAAAAAGACGACCUCCUCAUAACAACAAUGCUACGGAACGGUGCUCCUCUCGCUCGGCUGCCCAAUGAGAAACUGAAGGCCGUAAUCCCGCCCUUUCUGCCACCGUCCAACUUUGAGCCGUGGAACUCGGAACGUUCUGGAGCGUUAAAGGAGGGCCGCGGCGGGCACAUGCCACACAGACCGAGCAGAACCAGCUGUGCCAACUCAGAUAUAACGUCCAUCAGUCGAGUGGUUAACAGGUCUAUCAAGUUUCCCAUCAUCACUAAAGGUCCUUCCCCAUCCAACUCAGGCAAUUAUAACUCCGCCCAUUCCUCAGGCGGGUCCAACGGUGUGGGCGGAGUUAACCGUCACACCUCAGACUCCCACAAUCGCUCAGGGGGCAGUGGGGCAGAUAGUGUCCUCUCUCAGAUAGCAGCUCAGAGGAAGAGAGCCGCUGGCCUGUUAGACAGCAGAACACCUGCGGCUGAGACGCCCAACGCUGUGUCGUCUGCUCCUCCUGACGUCAACCAUUCCAGUGAUCUCAACUCCAGACGGAAACUAGAUUUGAAGAAGAGGCCUCAGUCGGGAAACUCGUCCACCUCUAAGAGCACAUCGCCCACCCUAACACCCUCUUCAUCACCAACACCUAAACCCCCCGCAGCAGACUCGCUCUCAUCCGCCUCCACCCAGCCCAGAUCCAAGAGCAGCGGAGGCUCCAGCAGCGGAACCAUCACAGACGAGGAUGAGUUAUCAGGGAUUCUGAGAAAACUUUCCCUGGAGAAAUAUCAGCCCAUCUUUGAGGAGCAGGAGGUGGACAUGGAGGCGUUUUUAACUCUGACUGAUGGAGAUUUAAAAGAACUGGGAAUUAAAACGGACGGGCCGCGACAGCAGAUAUUGGCGGCCAUAUCUGAGCUCAAUGCUGGAAAAGGAAGAGAACGGCAGAUCUUACAGGAAACCAUCCACAAUUUUCAGUCAUCAUUUGGCAGCAGCGCCAGUAACCCUCGACCCACAGGAUAUCCACGCUCGCCGUCGGGUUGGAGGAGCUCACAUCAGCUACAUCCCUCCAGCAGGAGAUAACGGCAGAUGAGAUGAGAUCUGUGUCUGAGCCGUCAGUAAAAUCAACAUUAUGUACAUGAAGUUCGAAUAAAAGUCCUUGACGCUUAUACCAAAAUAAAACCUCAGUGGAGUCUCAUGACAGAAUCAUGAACAUGUGAUCAUACGUGUGUGUCUGUGGUGAGUACUGAUGCUGUUAUACCCUUGUCAUGCAACAGGGGGCGAUUUAACAUCAUCAUUGUCAUGUAAAGUCUCAGCAGGGUACGAAUGUUUGGGUGAUUUGAAUUGUGAAAGUGAGGGUUGAAGGGUCAACCGUAAAAUCCUUCUGAUCGGAUACAUCAUGACUGUAAAAUGAUUUCAAAGAUCAUCGUGUGGUCCUCAUCACUUCAUUUCUUGAAUCGUUCAGAGCAGUAUGGUCAUUUUGAACUUUGAUCUCAUCCUGGACUGAUGGAGAAACUAAAUCUUUAUUUUACUGUUUUAUAUUAACUCUUUUCAGUAUGAUAGUUAAUUGUGUUUACAAAGACUGUAUAUGUGUUUUUGUCUUUUACUUUUGUGUGUCACUCUCACAGUGAUAUAAAAGAUUGUCAACAUUCAUUUCUCAUCUGAUUAAAUCAAAGCCUCAAUAGA